AUGAUUUCUCAACUCAUUCUUGUUUCUCUUAUGAUCUCAUUGGCUACAUCCAAAAGCUGUCUCGCUCCAGCUAGUUAUAUACUUGGAUCAUGCUUCACCUUUAUCAAUACGCCAAUGUCGUUUUGGGAAGCAAACUCCUAUUGUGAGUACCACUCUAAUAACGCGUGGUCCUAUUUGGCUCUGGUGGAGAGUCCGGAGCAAUCGAUAUGGUUAGCAAAAUCUGCAACCAUGUUCACCAGCGAAAAUUAUUGGAUUGGUGUGUACCGUCCAAGUGUGAUUGAUAACUUCCGGACGAUAUUAAAUCGAUAUCUAACGUUCCAAUACUUUGCUAAUAUCAAUCCUUCAAUGAAUUAUGCCGUUGGAAGGAAGAGUGAUGGGAAAUGGGAAACUCGACCAGAAGAAGAACGUUUUCCAUUUGUUUGUAGUUAUAAGCCCUCUGAGCAAACCACACCAUCGACUUGA